AUGAGCCUCAGUUGCUUGUCUUGCCAGAUCCUGCAGAGGACGAACUCGUCGGGCUCUGAAAGGAACCAUAAACACAGAAAGGAUCAGAAGGCUUGUAAUAGGAAGCUAUGCUGUGUAAACAUGGACAGAAGCUGGUCCGGGAACCUAACUCCUCCGCCUUAUUAUGAGCAGAUAGAUAGGUCGGCUCCUUUGUUGGGUGAGCAUGACAAGAAGAAGAAGAGCGAGAAGAAGGCGGGGCAUCGCCGGCUUUGUAGCACAGGCGGAGUUGCAUAUGAAGGGAGCACUGAACCGAAGUUGGUGAGGAGCGCUGGAAUGAGGAGGGAUUGGAGCUUUGAGAAUUUGGGACGGCUCAGAACAGAUAGCAAAGGGGGCAACUUUUAUUGA